AUGUAUCUUCACGAUCUGCAGGACCAUAGAGUGAGCUCGAGAAGUUGCAGCCAUGGUGGUGAUGGAUCAAAGGGCGGUGCAGUAGCCCCCCCUUCGAAAGGAGGCAGUUCUGAGGAUUCAGAAGAUUCGUAUACUUACUUGGGAUCCCAGAAAGCGAAAGGAAGAGUGCCAUGGCUGCUCGAACCUGACAUGUGUUUGGCGUUUGAAGAUGAUCCUGAACUGUGUAUGGAUGCUGUUUGUGCACUUUAUAGACUGCAACUUUCCCUACCGUCGUCCUUAAAACGCUUGGAUAAAGAACUCGAUAUAGUCAGGGUGGCCAAGUAUCUCAUCCACGACGAUCCAGAGAACAAGCUGAAACGAUCGGUUACAGAAGUGAGCAAAGACGUCAUUGUUGAAUGUAAAAGAUUGGCUCUUCAUCACAGGGCGGAGCUGUUUCGAGUAUACUGUAGUGGUAAAGAUCCUUUCUUCUGUUACAGUGCUAUAUGCUCCAUGUUCUAGUUUGCUGCAAAUUAAGCAAACUGUACAUAUUUGCUUAAUUUCAGUCUUUUGCUGUUCUUAGGAUUAAUCCCACCAGUCUUCACAUUUGAUAAUGUUUUGAUGUUCUUAGGAUCAACCUCAACAUCAGCCUUCACAUUUGAUAAUGUUUUAAUUUGCUGUUCUUAAAAUCAAUACCCAGCAUCAAGAUGGUGUUUGUCUAACUCUUGAUGCUUCAAUUCAUAGUUUGGCAUUGUUUAAUUUCAUG